AUGGCAUACCAGCAGCAGUACAACCAGCCGCCUCCGCCGGGCGGAGGAUAUGGCCAGCCCCAGCAGCCUCCAUAUGCGCAAAAUCCUCCUCAACAAUACGGCCAGUACCCUCCGCCACAGUCGCCUCCGUACUAUGGCCAGCCUCCUCACCAGCAGCCGCCACCGGGUCAGGAUCCGCUGGCGGCUGCCAUGUCCAACAUGAACAUCUCGGGUGGUGGCGCACCGCCUCCCACAAGCCAGCCUCCAUACGGCCAGCACACGUCGCCUCCACCCCAGCAGCCAGGCUACCAGUCGUAUGCUCCUCCGCCGGUCCAGCAGCCGCCGCCCCAACAGUAUGGCGGCGCAUACUCUUCUCCGCCCCCGCCUCCUGCGCCGGCUGCCUACAGCCCAGUCCCGCCUCCCGGCCAACAGCAGCCAGGCUACCCGCAAUACGGCUCUCCCCAGCCGCCGGCUGCUCAGCCUCCUUACGGUGCUCCUCCGGCUGCCACGACGCCUCGGCCGUACGGCGCUCCUCCGCCAACCACAUCAGGCCCAGCUACCUACGGUUCUCCUCCGCCGGCCACCAGCCAGCCUCCCUACAACGCAGCGCCUCCGGCAACUGCACUUGCACCAGGCCAGCCGCCCAACAUCCGUGGCAGCUCACCGGUACCACCGGCAUACUCGCCUGGUCAGCCCCAGGCACGGCCUGCCGGUCCUAGUGGCCCACCUGGUGCUCCUCCUGCAGGUGCGCCUGUGCCUUACUCUCCGGGUGGCCCUCGUCCUCCCGGAGCUGCGCCUGGUGCCCCUGGUGCCCCUGGCGCAGGUGCUCCUCGCCCUGGUCCCCCAGGCCAAGCGCCGUAUGGUGCCCAGCCCCCCUCUGGCCAAGCUGGGCGAGGCGGACCCCCUCCUCCAGGUGGCCCCGGUGGUCCGGCUCGCGCUCCUGGGCAGCCUCCUGCUCCUUACGGACAGCCGCCGUAUGGUCAACGGCCUCCAUACGGUCAGCAGCCAUAUCCUGGCCAACCCCCCUAUGGAGCUCCCGCCCCUUACGGUGGUCCUCCUCCGGCCAGCUAUGCACCACCCCCGGCAGCGGCUACAGAACCUCCCAAGAAGCAGGGCUUCUUCAGCAAGCUCUCGACGGGCCAAAAAGUCGGCCUGGGAGCCGUUGGCGGUAUUGCAGCUGGCGUGUUGGCUGUGGAAGGUGCUGAGAAGUUUGAAAAGUGGGAGCAUAACGAGGAGAAGAAGUUUGCAGGCGAGGUUGCUCAAGCUGCCGGCCUUGGAGGCGGCGGCGGAUACGGCGGUCGUGCUUAUGAAGGAGAGACCUUUGUUGGUGCUGGUGGCCCGGCAGUCGUUGGGGUGUAUCAGCCCUCGGUGGUUGAGUACGUCGAGACGGGCCCUGGCUACUACGGCAGCACGACCUUUGUCGACGACUCGCGUGUUGUUGGCAACAACACAGUGGUUGAGAACACCGUGAUCGACAAUACAACUGUCAUCGACAACUCCACGGUCAUUGACAAUACGACUGUAGUGGAUAACACCACGGUUGUCAACAACACCGAUGUUGAAAACCGGACAGUCGAGAACAAUACGUUUGUCGACAACAACUACAGUUACGACAGCACCAGCUACAAUCAGACCGACACGGUGGCAGCCUCGAGCUCGUACGACUACGCGUCCGCUUCCUACGAUCAGUCUUCUUCGUACCAAGAGACCGACACGUACCAGGCCGCGGCUUCGUAUCAAGAGACCGAUUCCUACCAAGCCACGGCAUCGUAUCAGGAGACGGAUACAUAUCAGCAGACCGACACUUACCAAGCGGCCGACACCUAUCAAGCGGCCGACACCUACCAAGAGACUGAUACCUAUCAAGAGACUGAUACCUACCAAGAGACUGAUACCUAUCAAGAGGCCGACACCUACCAAGAAACUGAUACCUACCAAGAGACCGACACCUAUCAGGAGACUGACUACUCAGCGGGAUUUGACGACCAGGACAGCGGUAAUUUCUAA